CCAGGCGGGUCUGGGGUCGGCAUCAAACAGAUAUGAAGCAACCCUCUCGCGGAACUCGAAACACCGGACGAAGCGCAGCCUAUCGCGGGGUCGGAGGGGCGAAAAGACCGACCGUGAUCGACCUGUUAUUUUUUGCAGACUGUGCUAAACUUGGCGCUGCCGAUCAGGGUCAUCCCGCGAUCGGCAUCUGUGCUGGGCGCUGGGUGCUCGGUGCUGGCUCAGCCUUAUCCCCCCCGGAACGCAAGCCCAAGCUUUAUCGCUGCCCCACCAGCGAGGCUGCAGCCUGGGCAGAGAGAGAGACAACAACUUUAUCCUCGACCUGACAUCGAAUACGGGUUGAGAGCUCGACGAAAGUGAUUUUUCUGCAUCAACGGCGGCGUUUUGGCAAAUUAGGACGAUAAAAUAAUCAAGAUGGAGCAGACCAAAGCUCUUAAUGCUCUCGAGCAAGUCGGCCACGUCCCCGCGGGCUGCCGCUGACCUUGUCGUGCGCGCGACCUCGGCGCCGAACACCUACAUCUUCACCGAGCUUCUCCAGGCCCCUCAGAUUCAAGCUCUCAACUCAUCCGAGGAGUUCGCGCCGUACUUGACAGUCCUCCAAAUUUUCAGCCAUGGCACCUACUCCACGUACACCUCCAACCCCGGCCUUCCGGAGCUCAAUGAUGCCCAGCGCCUGAAGCUCCGCCAGCUCUCCCUCCUCACUCUCGCCAAGAAAGACAGCAAUAUCAGCAAUCCCGGCUCCCCAGCGCUGGACUAUGCCUCGCUCCAGGCGGCCCUCGACCUCCCUAGCCGCCAGGCCCUCGAGGAACUCGUGAUCAGCGCCAUCUACGCGGGCCUCAUCAAAGGCCAGCUCAACCCGAAGGCGUCGCACGUGCAGAUCAACAGCGUCUCCCCGCUCCGGGACGUCGCCCCCACGGCGAUCGGCGGCCUGCUCUCGAGCCUGCAAGCCUGGGCCGGGCGGUGCGAAGCCACGCUGGAAUCCCUGUCCUGCCAGAUGACGCAGCUCCGCGCCGACGCCGACCGCCGCGCGGCACGCGCAGCAGCCCGCGCCCGCGACAUCGACAUGCUCGCCGAGAAGGAAAAGGGUGGGAAAGCCCCCCGUCGUGCAUCACUUCCCUCCCCCACCGCUGCCGUCGGCGCCGCCGCCAACGCCGCCCCGUUCCGCAAGGAUACCCGCAAAUUCUAUAAUCCCCACAGCCAGGGCCCCAUCCCCGGCCCUGCCCUGCAUCGCGGUACCAGCGGAGGAGGCGGCGGCGGCGGCGGCGGCAACGGAAAUCUUUUCAAUACCACCAAUACCACCAUCACCACGAACAGCGAGAUGAACAGCAUGCUGACGGUUGGCGGCGGCAGCAGUUUCUUCACUCCCGGCGCCCCUGAGCCAGCCACAGGCCCAGCCGACAGCGGGGGCACGGCGCGCCUUCAAGUAAGGAUGGCGAAAAAGCGCGGCAGCGAACAGAUGGAUGAAGAAGAAGCGGACGGCAUGGAUGGAUUCACCAUGGGAUCCGUGGACGGGACCGACGGGACCGACGAAACGGACGAAACGGACGAAUAAGCGGAAGCCGGUGGCUUCGGAGUUCCAUUAUCUGCUGAAACCCACCAGGACGGUUUCAUGUAUUUACUACCUAUGCAUUACGAGAUGACGAAACACAAUGGCGAUAUAGGUUAUGUGGCCAUAAAGUUGGGGCAAAAAAUCAAGAUGUGAUUCUGCGCAGCUAAUUUCUAUCAGGGUGACAACUCCCCAGCUACUGGGAGAACCAGGAGGCUGGGGUUAUGUAGUAUAUUGUACAUCGGCGGCGAGUGCAACGCAAAAGCCAGUAAGAUGAGAAACCAUCGUGCAAAGAAAAGAAGCCAGGGGAUCGUCCCCACGGAAA